AUGUUUGCCCUCUCCGAAGAGUCCAAGGAGCGCAUUGUCAAGCUCAUUGACAUCUCCCGUGUCGCCAUUCACUAUGGCUACCUCCCCUUGAUCCUCUACCUUGGCUACACCCGCAGCAACCCUCGCCCAUCCGUCAUCCGGUAUGUGUCCUCCGAAGACGAUAUUUUGGAUUAA